AUCAUCAGCGUCUGUGAAGUGUGUGAGGUUUGUGACAUUUUCAAAAAAGGGUUGUGUGACCUUUUAAAUCACAGAGCCUUUGAACUCCUCCCAGCAGUGAAUAAAAGAGGGGGUAAGGGUCAAAACACACAGCCAGGAGUCUGUUCUGAGCAGACCCUGCUGCAAAACCUGAGCUGACUCUUAGCAUCAGGUAAAACAUUACUCAGAAUCCCUUUUCUGCACUAAAAAUCAGGGUUUCUUUAGCCUAUAGAGCAUUUUAUUUUGGCGAUGUCAGGUAAGAUGUGUAGCAGCAGUAACAGCAUUAUUCAGGCUCAAAAACUGGUGGAUCAACUUCAAAUUGAAGCAGCCAUGGAGAGAUUCAAGAUCUCCCUCACAGCAGCAGAUUUAGUCCAAUAUUGUCAGGAGCACAGACGCAACGAUCCUCUGCUCACCGGCAUUUCUGCCUCGUCCAACCCUUUCAAAGACAAGAAGACCUGUGUGCUGCUUUGACACAAGAAGAGAUCAUUACUAGAAUAUAACAGAUUUCAGACACUACAUUUUUAGGACUUUUAAUAGAACAGCUAAUGUUUAACAGAGGAAACAAACAUUACAAGAUCAAAGUGCUCUCAUUGUUCAUUGUAAUUUCAUUUCUUAAUGCAUAAAUACAAUAAACAUUUAAAUAUUUGUGGUUUCUUUGGGGGUAUGAACAUAAAAUGUGUAAAAGAUACAAGACAUCUAAAAAAAAAACCACAAUAAAUAGCACCAACAGAAACAUCCUUGAAUUAAAUGUAUCGUAUAAAAAAAUUUAGUGCAGCAAAAACAUAAAUAAAUAAAUCUUAAAACAUGAAACAGGAUUCCAUCAGCAUUGAACAUCUGGUUUCCAAAUAAUUUCAAAUGUAUAUUGAAAAACAGAAAGCAAAAACAAAACUGUCAUUUUUAGCUGGGGUGCACAGGUUUACACUCACUGCCAAGAAGCAAUCAAUUUAAUCGUGUCAGUUUGUAUUACUGUUUGCUUGAUAUUUCUAAGUGCAUUAAACCACACAAGAGUAAAAAAAAAAAAAAAAAAAAAAAUCAAAUUUCUUCUCAAACGAUGAAUUUGUGGGUGCAGGUUUAUUUGAGUCCCACCACUAAAAAGUUCUUUAAAGAUAACAUCCAGCGGUCUGCUUAUUUUCUCACAAACAAAUGACUAAUUCUGCUUUGUGUGUAUUUGGGUCGAUGACAUCAUUAGCUGGAAUAAUUAAAUAUUAUGGAUGCAUUAUGCUCCGUAAUUUAUGUCCAAAUUUGUCAAAAGUCGCUCGUAUGCAUUAAGGUUUACCGUCAACAGCUGGAUUUUUGAGCCUCUUGUGUAUCGACCUAAAUACACACAAAGGAGAAUUUGCAGUUUUUCGUCAAAUACAUUGUCACCUUUUGAAAUCCUGCAGUUGAAAUGUAUACUUCAUUAAACAGUUGUGUUUUUAUUGUCAGUGUACAACUAUUAGUGAAUAAUAAAACUGAAGAACCUCUUAUUUAAAAAAAAAAUAAAAAAAAUCCAUGUAUCACAAACUU